AUGGACGCCAGAUCAUACACGACAGCUGUGGCUAAUAGAGCACGAGGUGGCGGUUGUGAGUAUCCCGAAUACUACCCAAAUUGCGAAAUUCAGUUCAUGAAUUUGGCCAACAUACAUUCCAUCCGGAAAAGCUUCCACGCUUUAAGACAACUUUGCACAUAUUCUGCAGAUCAACCCAAAAUGUCUCAGCAUAACGAACACUUGUCUUGUUAUACCUAUGUAAUAAAAUUCGAUUUGGUACAGUCAGCUGGAGGUACGCGUUGGCUAUCCCACAUGUCCGGCUUGAUGAAAGCAGCAGUAACACUAGUAGCUGCAGUAGAGAGAGAUGCCAGACCUGUCUUGGUGCAUUGCUCAGAUGGUUGGGAUAGAACGCCGCAAAUUGUGGCCUUGGCUGAGCUUCUGCUUGAUCCAUACUAUCGUACUAUCGAUGGUUUUCGCAUUUUAAUCGAACGAGAAUGGUUAGCAUUUGGUCACAAAUUCGCCGACAGAUGUGGUCAUUCCUCAGGGAGUGAUGAUCAAAACGAACGAUGUCCCGUUUUUCUUGCAAUGGUAAAGUUGGUGCAGCACGUGUACUCAAACUUGUUCGGAACGUUUUUAUGCAACACACAAAGAGAAAGAUCGAAGAUUGUCUACGGCAAAACCUUUUCCAUUUGGGACUUUCUCAAUUCUCCAUGUUUUAGAAAUCACUUAUAUCCCACUAUAGGUACAAACACAUACAACAGAAGGGUAUUAUGGCCCCAAUAUAACGUUCGCGACUUAUACUUGUGGUCCGAAGUGUAUUUGGGUUCGAUCGAGGACAGUUCUAAUCCAGAAGAAAGUUCAAAUUUUUGUCCGGAAACAUGUGAUUCAUCUCCAAACUAUAUGACCAAGACGAGGUCUUACGGCGAUUUGAUCAAUGAUGGAGAAAGCUCUGCAUAUCACUAUCGUAGGUCUAGUGAUCCCAGUAUCAAGUGUGAUCCCAAAAUGGUUCUCACUUCCAAGGAAACGAAAACGAACGGCCACGACACGAUUCACCUAGACGACAGAGAUCAGCAGAAUUUUUUAUCAAACUUUCUGCUCGAUGACGGUGAUUGCAACCAGGAUUGCAUGUUUAACGGCAACAACAUUUCCACCGACGACCAAAUCGCCGAAUUAGAACAAGCCGACAGGAAAGUGCUUUAUGCGAAAGAUCAACCAGAUUUUGGCGAACCUCCUCCUUUGGUACAAGAGAUGCAUCGGAACUCAUUGGACCUAUUAAAGGAAAUCGACAAGCCUUCAGUGUCCAACGGAGUAUCGGAAGUUUGUAACGGUGUGAUAAAAGUAAAACGCGAGACUGACGAAGUCUCCAGAGACGCGCUAAAGGCGGGAGUGUUGUUAAAAGAUGAAAAGACUGGCGAUAAUGGUGAUAUAAAUCAUAAUAGUAACGGGAAUAGCGAGACUUCUUGUACAGUUAAAGACGAUAAUGAGAGAUCGGAGAGUGAUUGUGUUAUGUCCGGAGACGUUGUGGGGACUUUUUUAGACAUGGAGAGGUCCAAUGAGACCAGUACGGAAACGCUUGUUGGGGAAGACACUCCUAGUGUUAACGGAAGCAAUUGUAAUGGCAAUCAGCAGGAUGAAAGAGAAAGAUCAAAAAAUUCAAAUUCUCCACAACUGACGACCGUUAGCAACGGUUGGGACAAUUCAUUGCACAAUUUAACGCAGCAAAAGAACAUUUAUUCCUAUCAAAACCCGUUGGGAGACGACGGGCUAGUUAUACUCAGGUCUGUGGUACAAGAAAGGCUGAAUCAGAUUAUCGAAGAAAACAAUAGAAAAGUUGAGAUGCUUGAGAAGGAGUUGCAUAUAACCAGGCAAAAUCUGAUAAAGCAGUCCCGUUCUAGAUGCAUCCAUUCUGACUGUGAUCGACAAGACGAUAAUGUAAGUACCUAUAGACUUUUAGAAUAUCAAGUGUUUCCUAUUGUUACAAAUGAUAAUUCCUUGGUUGAAUCUGUCUGCAGUACUAGCGAAGGUCAAGCUUCGGCUGCCGGCGAAUCCUUGAAGUCUGAUCUGUCUUGGGUGGCAGUGGAAGAAGGUUCAACCACCGAAUGCCCUCGAACGUUAUGGGUACCUGAUCAUGCUGUUAGCAGAUGUACAGGAUGUAGUACGGAAUUCUGGCUAGGAAGGAGGAGGCAUCAUUGUAGAACUCAUGUAAUGGCCCAUCUUAACACACAUAUCAGACACAUGACCAAACUUAUCUUAACAAACGGAUCAGAUUCAAAAACGAUGAAAAGCUCUUGUUUACCUUUAAAAGAAGAAUUCUACCAAACUACUAUUGAGGCGUUAAGCAGAACAAUGUCUGACGCAGACGAUGUAAUUUCGAAUUCUACACAGUUUAUGAAGAAAUAA